AUGACGAGAGUGCUACAAAAGUUCGUCCUGGCCGGCGUCUCGCUUGUGUCGGUCUAUCUAACUGUCUUCGCCAGCAUCGUUCGUCGCUAUGCCAAUUGGCCUCAGCUCCGAUCGUCAAUCCUUUCCGGGCAUCUCAAGGCUUUGAGCGAUGUCACCGCCAAUGGUGACAAGCCGAGGCAAAUUGAUAUUGUCUUUUCCGAAAUCUGCGGAACGCUGGGCAACGUACCAAUAUUCCUAUUAGAUCUCUAUCCAGUGGCGCCGGUCUUAUGUGUGGUUUGCAGUCAUGAUGUUGCUGAACAGGUCACCAAAGCUUCCAAGGCCUUUCCGUAUAGUAUCCCCAAGGCACCAACAACAAGAGCGUUCGAGGACUUGUUCGGUCCCAGAUCGAUCAUCAACGCGGGGGGCGAAGAAUGA